GGGAGAGAGAGAGGGGUAAUACAGCUUCAUGUGAAAGAUGACAAGAAUCCCAGCAUAAAAUAAUCUCCCAAACUUUGCUAUAAAGACACAGCCCCUCCCCUCCUCCUUUCCCUCCCUCUCUCCUUCCUCAUGCGUCUGCCAUUAGUCCCCAAGGUUGUGUACAUUAUUUGUAGUUGAUCAUUCAUUCAUAGAGAGCUAGUUGAGCAGGCUUGGUUGGCUGUCCACGAUUUUUGCUUCGGAUAGCAUUGCUGCCAGGCGACUGCAAAGCUCCAAGCACACUUUUGCUGUGAGAAUUUUGAGAGGAAGGGCAGAGGGAGCAAUGGCGCCAGUCAGUUUGCCUCCUGGUUUCAGGUUCCACCCCACUGACGAGGAACUCAUCAUCUACUACCUUAAGAGGAAGAUCAACGGGAGACAGAUAGAGCUCGAAAUCAUUCCUGAGGUUGAUCUCUACAAGUGUGAGCCCUGGGAUUUGCCAGAAAAAUCCUUUCUUCCAAGCAAAGACCUUGAAUGGUAUUUCUUCAGCCCUCGGGACCGCAAGUACCCAAAUGGAUCAAGGACAAACCGUGCAACAAAAUCUGGGUACUGGAAGGCAACUGGGAAGGACAGAAAGGUGAACUCGCACAGGCGUGCAGUUGGUAUGAAGAAGACCUUGGUGUACUAUCGGGGCCGAGCUCCACAUGGUUCUCGCACUGAUUGGGUCAUGCAUGAGUACCGCCUCGACGAGAGGGAAUGCGAGACUGACACUGGCUUACAGGACGCGUAUGCAUUAUGCCGAGUUUUUAAGAAGACAGCGCCUGGGCCAAAAAUCAUAGAGCAUUAUGGUGCAGUGCACCACCCCAUCGAGCAACCUCAGUGGAUGGCAAGCAGUGUUGACCGCUCCCCAACGCUGGACUUGUCCAGUGAUGUUAGAGGUGAUGAUUUCGAGAGCAGCAGUUUCUCAUUCCCGACUGAGGCGCCGAUGGACUCCAUGCAUGGUGGGUUCGGGAUGCAGAUGAGUGCACCUCACGAGGAUGGCAAAUGGAUGCAGUUCCUGAGCGAAGACGCCUUUAACGCCACCAAUCCUUUCUUCAUGAAUCCAGCUUCUUCCAGCUUCUCAUGUCUCCCAUCCAAGGUGGAUGUUGCACUGGAGUGUGCAAGGCUUCAGCACAGGCUCUCAUUACCUCCCCUGGAGGUGGAGGACUUCCCACAGGACGUCAGCCUCGACACAAAGACGAGCGUGCUCCGCAGCAACCCCAACGAGGUUGACAUCCUUCAAGAGUUCCUCUCCGUGGCUUCGGCCUCUCAGGAGCUAAUCAACGGCACCAGCAGCAGCUACGCUGCAGAAAUGUGGCCAGGCGCUGGCCCAAGCAGCACCAGCACCCACUACAUCAAUGAACUAUCUUCCCUCGUUGAGCUUGGGGUGAAGGCAAAAGAGGAGGCAGACAAUUUCUACCAUAUGGACUGCAUUGGCACAUCUGUAGGAUUCGCAUCAAAGCCGGUCCAUGUCGAUGAACCGGUUAGGUUGGUUGAGAUUGCUGACAUGGAGGAGUUCAAGGAAGAGAAGAGGCAAGUAGAGAACCUUAGAGGAGUGAGGCUUCACAACAAUGACCUAGGAGAGAUUGUUGUAGAAGGAGAUGAAAGCAAUCCAACGGACUGCAUCACACAAUACCCCAUAUCAGACGCUGCUGACAAUUCAGGAGAAGCCGGUCACCUGACCGAUCCCACUAACGCCGGCGGCCUAGACACUACACCCAUCUUCUCGCAAUCUCAACCUGACGACUUUGCUAUUGGGUUCAGUGACGACGUCAACCCUAAUGCAUCUUUCGACCUGUAUGAGAAGGUUGACGUCAAACAUGGGCUCUUCGUCUCAACAGUCGGUGCACCGAAGACAUUCUUCCACCACGUUGAGCCAUCGAAGAAGGUCAGCUUCCACCUGAAUCCCGUAGCAAGCGACGUCAGCAAGGCGAUCGAGAAGUUCCAUUUCCCCAUUAGUGUGACAACCAAAGUUAGUGGCAGCAGCAUUUCCAUUUUUAGCAAGUUGAAGGCGCUCAUCAGGGACAAAUUCCUGGUGAAGAAGCUGCCUUCAUUAUCAUACCAAAGAUCCUUAAGCAGCAAAGAAACAGCGGCAGCGAGUGAGCUGCUGCAGAUAGUGUCGUCGCUCCUCUUAACACCAAUGGAAGUCACAGGCCCCACGACGAUGACUACCGAGCAAGAGUUGGUCAAGAAGGCGAAGAAGGUGAUGAAGCCGGGGCCCGGUUGUGAUGGAAGCCAUGCAUGGCUUCUUCCAUUCUCCAAGAGGAGCAAAGGCAUUUCCAGCAUGUUUUUUAGUGGGAAAUGGGCGUUUCUGACAUCCGCAUUGGCCAUCCGCACUCCAGGGUGCAAUCACUGAAAGGUCUCUCUGAUCAUGACUCAUGUAAAAAGUACGGCUCGAAUUAUGCUCCUAGGGGACUCGUAUCGGGUGCCUUUCUGCUGCAUGGAGAAGCAUAGUCUUUCGUGCAUCAGUCAGUUAAUUAACUGGUGUAUAACUGGAGAAAUGUAAUAAUCCGUAUUUAAUUUUUUAUUUGUUCGUGUAUUAACACGUCUGAAGUCUAACCCCUGUUGUACCUCCAAACAUUGUUCAUGAAUUGUAAGUGCAAAUACACAUGUUUAAUUUA